AUGGCUUCGCAGGGCCAAGCCCCGGCCCCGAGCAUGGGGCCGCCGAACCCGCAACCAGACCCCUCUGCCAUGAAGCUGACCCGCGGCACCAGUUGCGUCCGCUGCCAGCAGCGCAAGGUGCGCUGCGAUAAGCAAAAGCCCUGCUCCAACUGCGUCAAGGCCGGUGCCGAUUGUCGCGUCGUGCCACCUCAACCCCCUCGGAGACGUAAGAAGCGCCUGCAAGAGAGAGACCUACUGGACCGCCUCAAAAAGUACGAGGACCUGUUGCGGAAACACAAUAUCAAGUUUGAUGCUUUGGAUAUCAAGUCCGAGGCUACCCAUGAAGACGUUGAUGAUUUGGAGAAUGAUUUUGAAAAUCUCAGAACAAGCCCGUCUGAGGGCACCUAUAUGUCAUCAUGGAACGCGCGUGGUCAACGGUGGAAGCUUGGCUCCUUUCUCAAGCUGCAUAAUAAAACAUUCCACGCUCAUGCUCGCCUCGUGGACGACUCUUCCGACGACGAGGCCGACUACCCCACCAUCUACAAGGCCUUUGACAAAAUGUUUACCAACCGGAAUCCAUUCCCUUUCCUCAUCAGCGAUCAGGAGAUUCCACUCGCCGAAUAUCGUCCAUCCACGAUACAAAUGUUUCAGCUCUGGCAGAUCUACAUUGACAAUGUGAACCCUUUGUUGAAACUCACGCAUGUGCCCACCGUCCAGCAGCAAGUCAUUGCCUAUUCUAGUCACCCGGAUCAAUCUUCCAAAAACAUGGAGGCGUUAAUGUUUGCCAUUUUCCUCAUGGCAGUGUCGUCUCUUGACGAGCAAGAAGUACAACAGCGCCUCCAAGCCGACAGGCAAGAGCUGCUGGGCCAACUUUUUGCAGGACUACAACAAGCUCUCAUCAACGCCAAUAUUAUGCGCUCUGCUGACCUUGCCACUCUACAAGCUUUUCUUCUUUACAUGCUGGCUAUCCGCUGGUUUCUCGACCCUCGACACGUGUUCUCUGUCAUGGGCUUGCUGGUGCGCAUGGCUCAUCACAUGGGGCUGCAUCGAGAUCCUGCAGGUCAAGGGCCGAAUGCCUAUGAAAGCGAAUUACGGCGUCGUCUUUGGUGGUCAAUCGCGGCAUUUGAUCGACGCGUCGGUGAAAUGGCUGGCGCGACUGUGACAGCUCUGGCCGUAGCCAAUGACACCCGCAUACCCCUCAACAUCAACGAUGCUGACUUGCAUGUCGAACAAGUCGAACUACCGACAGCUCACAACGGCGCGACCGAGAUGACAUUUGCACUGAUCCGAGCAGAGCUUGCCAUGGCGACGCCAGAGGACUGGGACCGUGAACUUCAGUCGCCGCAGCCCACUGAGCAACCCGCUGGCAGAGUUAUGAUCAGGUUGCUUGGUAGGGACAGGAAAACGUAUACGAUUGAUGGGUUCUGCGCGCAUAUUGAGGGGACGUAUCUUGUCCACUGCGAUCCUAACAUUCCCUUUCACUUUUUUACACUUACAAUGACUCGCCAGGCGCUCAGCAGGCUGCGCGUCAUUACAUAUCUCAUUCGGCUUGCCCAUGGACACACCUCGACGACUGAUGAAGUCGACCGCGACUCGUUAUUCGUGCAAGCCACGCAGAUGCUUGAACACGAUAAUGUUCUGCAAUCACGAGACAAUCUCAAGUGCUAUCGCUGGUUCACCCACCACCACUUUCCCUUUCCCGCCUACAUGUUUCUCGUCAACGAGCUCCGAUUCCGGCUCAUCGGCCCUGUGGUGGACCGCGCGUGGGCGGGUAUCGAGACGAACCAGUCGCUUCGCGGCAUGAUGCACGGAUUGCACUCGCCGAUGCACCUGGCCUUUGGCCACCUCUUUGUCAAGGCGUGGAAGGCGCGCGCGGCCGCCUUAUCGGAGCGCGGCGAGCAGCCCACGACCCCGAGCUUCAUCGUCGUGCUGCAGGAGUUUGUCGAGAGGCGGCGCCGCGCCAAAGAGCAGAACCUGCCAGACCCCCUCGAUGAGCCGUCCGAGGUGCUGGAGGUGCCCAAGCCGUCGCCGACAGCGUACAGUACGCCGGGCUCGCACAACGACAGCGGCAUCGGCAAGAUGACGCCGAUGAUGGCCAACUCGCCCGUCGGCGCGCCUAUGCCCGCGCCGCCUGGCCCCAGCCUGGACGACACGGACAUGGACUGGUCGUAUAUCCUGUCGGGUUACCAAGACGGAACCAUCUUUCAAAACUUCAAUACAUUUAAUUUUGGAGAACCUGCACCUGGUAUGGGGGGCAUGGGUGGUAUGGGUGGUAUGGGGAUGAACAUGGGCGGAGGGCCCAAUAUGUUUGGAAAUUGA